UGGUGGCAAAGCGCAAAGCGGCAAAGCCAAAGCCAGCAUGACGCCACAGCCCACAGCCGCACUGCUAUCGGCGCACAGGUCUACGCAGUUUGAACAUGGCUGGUAGUUUGAAUUCUGGAUGUUUGGAAUGUGCAGUUCCAAAUUCAUCUUCACAGCAAGUUACAUUUUCCACCACUGCCGAGCUAGAAAGCGUGCACGACGUGACUAUUGACAAAAUUGCAGCCAAGUUGUUGAAAGAGAACUUUAUUUUAACAGCUUUAGAAUUACACACAGAACUCCUCGAAAGUGGAAAGGAACUCCCUCGAUUAAGAGACUAUUUUUCAAACCCUGGCAAUUUCGAGAAGCAUGCACACACAGCAGCAGAUGUGUCACCAGUAUUGCCAAGGACCUCCAGUGUGCAGACUUUUGACUCUCUGGACUUUGCAAGAUAUUCAGAUGAUGGCGAAAAGCAGUUCGACGAGAGGGUUGCAGUAUUAGAAUUUGAGCUUCGAAAAGCUCGGGAAACAAUUAAGAAUCUCAGAGCAAACCUUACAAUAGUUACGGAAUCUGAACCUAACACACCAGAUGAGGGCACCGAAAACAUAGCAGUAUCAGAUGAUCCCGUGCGGCCACAUGAGCGCCGAGCACUCAAUUUCCUCGUCAAUGAGUACUUGCUCAAGAAUAACUACAAACUGACGUCAAUCACAUUCUCUGAUGAAAACGAAGACCAGGACUUUGAAGAUUGGGAUGAUGUUGGUCUGAACAUUCCUAAACCUCCUGAUUUGCCUCACCUGUACCGCAAUUACAGCAGGCACAUGCACCUUUGGAAUGAGUUAACAGAUGCUCAAGUGCAGACAGACAACUCUUGUGACCUUGAAAGUGAGCAGAUCAUCUCUUCUCUGGAGGCCAGAAAUAUUGAACUGCAAAACUUAAUUCUGGAAUUGCAAAGUCAGAGGUUACAGAGGUUGAGCCAAGAAAAUGUGACUGAAGUCCUUCCGAAAACAAUAGGCAAUGUAGCAUCCAAAGAAGAAUUGCCUUCGGAAAUGAUACUUGAAAGUUCUUCAGGAGAAAUUGAACUGGAAGUAACUAUGAAGCAACUUGUCACUACUGAAACUCUGGUUCAAACCUGCCCUGUGGAAGGCCAGGGAGACUCUUUAGAUCAGUCAGUCGAAAAUUCUAAGAUAACUCUGGACAAGAGCCUAACCUGGGGUGAACAACCCGCACCUGACACCACAAAGGACAUAUCUCGACUGAAUAAAAUGCUGCAUGUUUCAUCAUCGUUCCUAAGUGCCUUGACUGCUGUUAGUUUGCCACAGCGACAAAUUCCCAAUAAAAGGUUGACUGCAGAUGUGAUAAACGUAGUACGGAAUGGAGAAGACGUUGUUCUGCUACUUGCUCGUUGCCUUCCACACAUUGUUCCAAAUGUUCUUCUGGCGAAACGAGAGGAACUAGUGCCAUUGCUGCUGGCAGCAGUGGCUCUGCAUCCAGAAGCUGAAGCAAGAGACUCACUUCUUCAUUUAUUGUUUAAUCUUACCAAACGACCUGAUGGUGAUCAACGGCAGGUUAUCCUGACUGGUCUCUUAACCAUUGCCCAUUCUCUUGGGCAUUCACGUGUGGAAUCUGAACUCCUGCCCCAGUGUUGGGAACAGAUUAGCCACAAGUGCAUGGAAAGGAGACUCCUUGUAGCAGAGUCCUGUGGUCACUUGGCAUCCUGUGUUGCAGCAGAGAUGUGCAGCUCGCUGUUACUAUCCAUGUUGCAACAAAUGUUAACAGAUGAACGUGAAGAGGCUGUCCGCAAUGCAGCUACACGAAGCCUUUCUGUCUUACUGGCUUACGUUGAAGAUCAAGACAAGUUCACACAGGCAAUCCAGUUAUCCUUAAGGAUCAUUCAGGAUGACUCUGAUAGCGUCUCUGAAGCUGGGCUUUCAGUUCUACUCCCGUCGGUAGCAUCAUGGGCUCUCCAUCUGGGGAAAUUGCAAACAGAUUUUCUGCCAACUUUGAUGCAGCUUGUCGAAGAAGUUGUUGUGACACAGCCCAGACACCUGUUUGAUAGUGUUUACAGUGGCACCCCUGCUGAAGAAGGGCGCUUCUUGAAGCUCAUUAGAGCACUUGAAGUUAUGGUGCCAUUCCUCUUCAUAGAUGUACUCCUGUCUGGCCCAUAUGUGGCACAUCUGAGUUCUGUUAAAGGGACACCAUUGGGCCAACUUAAAGUUAACAGGCAGGUGCUUCCUCAAAAUCGUCUGCUCAAUCCUGUAGUCAUUGUUGGGGAUGAGGCAAAGGUGGCACACCUGGUACAGGCUUUUGAUGAGCACAUUGACAAGGAGUGGUAUCGCACAUGGCCUGUGUUUGACUGGGUUCUCACCAAAUUCAUUCCAUUCUUGACAAGCAUCACCAUACAACUGGAGCUUCAUAAUGGAAGAAGUGUCCAUGCUGCUUCUCAGCUCCUCUUGUGCUUUUGUCAGCAUUUCGGAUGGAACUUCACAAAUACCAAAAUUAAGCCUGCAUUCGUUGCCCUUAUCCCGAUGCUUCAUGAAGCAGUUUCAGGUGAUACCAGCACAGUGGCAAAUGAGACAUUGGAAAAGGCAACAGUACCUGUUUACGUCUGUGGUGUCUUGACAGCUUUUUGUCAUGAGUCUGACCGUCAGGAGUUAAGAACUGCUCUACAUGAUCUUCUGUGCACAACAGCAUCCUGUCAUGCUUCUCUUGCUUGCCUUCAGUGCAUCAUCCUGGAAUUGUGCUCAAACUUCAGCUACCAGGAAGUGCUCCUUUCCAUUCUCUGGGAUGGCGUGGUGGAUAGCUCACCUGCCGUGCGUGCAAACACAGCAAGGCUUCUGGAAUUGCUUGUGGGAGUUGUAGGGGAAGCACCUCUCAAGAACCGUGUGGCUCCUGCCUUAGUCACAUUGGCCAGUGAUCCUGAAUUGUUAGUCAGAAUUGGCACUGUACGAGCUCUUGGAGCAAUCCUGGCAUCCAGCACAGAAAAAGAGCUUUUGGACAAGGCUCACAUGCAGCUGCAGACAUUCCUGUCAGAUCCUGUGCACCAAGAUGACUAUUAUAUGCAGGCAGAGAUGAUUCAGAUGUUUGCUGCAGUAGGUCCAAAUACUGAACAGAGGUUUAGGGACGAAUUUAUCAUUCCAAAAUUGUUUGCCUUGGCUGCUGAGAACAGUCAAAAUCCCGACGAAGACAAGAAGUCUGAAAUUACAGCUCUCCUUGUGGAUGCUUACUCUGCCCUGUCAUGUACAUUUAUUCCUGAACAGCUCAUCCUUGAGGUUUUCUUGCCUGGACUGAGGUGUGUGUAUGAGGAUACAUGUCAGCAUUGUCCUGCUCAUGAAGCAGCUGUGGCUUCUAUAAUUCAAGAGUUUGAGUCUAAGUUGAAUUUCUCUUGUGAGAGGGCUCCUUCACUGACCUCUCCUAUUGCAAGCAUGGAGGAAAUGCGUCGGAAAGUUACGAAAAUCUUCACAGCUCCACCUACGAAUACCCGGGCCAACUUGCCAAACAUAUUUCAACUGCGAAAAAAGUGACCUUUCUAGUUAUGCUAAUAGAAUGUUCUUUGCUGAGGUUCUCUUUUCCUGGUCCAGUUCUGAUUGGAUUGAAAUACCAUGACCUAGAGGUCUUCUUUGUCAUUCACAUCAUUCCAUGCUUGGCAAUGGCUUUACAGUAUAUUUGUACCUUUCAUGGUGUUAUAUGCUCUAGCACAAGACAUGACAUUCGUGCAGACACCAAGAAGUGUGUUGAGCUUUCUCGCACAAACAGAUGUGACAAAAUGCAAUUUAUAAUUAUGUGCUAAAUGCUUUUGAAUUUCUUGAGGUGGUUGCUAUCCUACAAUUUUAAUUUAAUUUAUACAUAAUUUUCCUACAGUGACCAUAGUAAUGGCUUGAACGGUCAGUGUCAAGCCCUGUUGCAAUACUCUGUAGUGUAGGAAACAUCAAUGGAGGCCUCUUCAGCCUCCAUUGAUGCUGAGAGAGAUGUGAGAGAUGUCACAUGCUUCUGAAAACAAGCAGGAAUGAUUGAGGCACUCACUCUUCUGAUGUCAUGGCUUAGAGUGGCUUUGUGUACUGUGCUCAAAAGUCUACUUCUUGUUAGCCAUGCCACAUAGAAGGUUAACUCCUUUUAACUUAUAACUUUGUACAGUACAAUGUGUGUGUGAUGUAAUUAACCACCAGUAUCAAACCAUCACAAUCCUCUUAUAGCGAAUGAGUGGACAACACAUUGGAAUCUGUGGCACAAAGAUACGGUUGGUUUCAGAAUACUUCUAUGUGCCUUUUAUGCAAAUAUAGCUCACAAUAGCACUGUCAUGGCACCAACAUGUAUUUACAUUCCACUUGUAUAUUCCAAUUUGCAUGAAGAGCUGUCUGGUACACCUCUUCAGUAGCAUUUGUAGAAUUGGGUAAGAGUUUUUGAUGACUUUGCACACCCUAAGGUACUUCGAUGAUUUUUGUUUCAAAGAGAGAAUAUCACAGAUCUUUAUCGUAAUGGCUGUAACUCAACACAGCUGUUAGACCCUAAUGUUGACUUUCAGAAUUUUAGUUUGAAUAUUUUGUGUUGUCGCAGAUCCUUAAUACGAGUAUCAUUUUAAGUUUUCACUCGAAUGGACAACAACAAUGAGUGUGCCAGUGCCUUCACUGUUUUCUUUGUCAUGUUCUGAAUAUUUAAAAAUAAAAGGAAAUUGGUGUGCAUAAGCUUGA